UUUAUAAAAGUGUGCUGUAAAAUUGGCUCAUCAAUAGUCAUUGUGAAGCAUUAGUAAGAGAACAUCUGGCGUUGCGGGACCAGCCAUGCUUGGACACUUCCACCGGGGUUUGUUGGCCACGGCGACUCUACUCUUCCUAGCUCAGACUGGCACUCGGUGCAGGGCAGAAGAUGACAUGUCACCUGUUGCAUUACCAGCGUGGAAAAGAGAUUCAGUGUGUCCCAUAAACUGCGACUUUGAGAAGAAUCUGUGUGGGUGGCAACAGAUCAUACAGGACUCCUUUGAUUGGACAAGAUAUUCAGGCGCCACUCCAACAAACGGAAGCGGGCCAAAUCAGGACCAUACCACUGGGGCGGGCUUCUAUAUGUACAUUGAGGGUGACAGUGUGACCCAUGGAGACCCAGCCCGUCUGUUGAGCUCUGAGUGCCAUUACAACGGUCCAGUCUGCCUCAACUUCUGGUACCAUAUGCACGGUUCUGCCACAGCCAUGGCCCUUAAUAUGUAUGUGCUCAGAGGAAAUUCUGCUGCAAAGGUUUGGUCUAUGAGGAACAACCAGGGACAGGAAUGGCAGCCAGGAAACAUUGAUAUCAAUGUCUCCAGCCCUUUUCAGAUCAUUGUGGAGGGAAUUCGAGGCUCUGAUGCUCUGUCAGAUGUGGCCAUUGAUGACAUUUCUAUCCACGUUGGUGCUUGCUCAAGUAGCCUGGGAAGAGGAAAUGAACCUUCCUCGACUGCAGAAGUACUUCCCUCAGCUUCAGCUUGCAGUUUGAACUGUAGCUUCGACAGCAAUCUUUGCAGGUGGAAUCAGAUGAGGACGGAUGCGUUUGACUGGGCAUGGCAAAGCGGCUCCACCCCUACCUUGAUGACUGGGCCCUCCGCUGACCACACUGGUGAUGGUCACUAUAUCUACAUUGAAGCCAGUCGUGUAUCACAUGGAGACACGGCUCGUCUGAUCAGUUCUGAAUGUUUUGCCACCGGUCCUCAGUGUCUGCAGUUCUGGUACCAUAUGUAUGGCUCUGCCGACACAAUGGGCCUCCAUGUGUAUUUGCUGCAGGGGAACAAAGCUGAUGCUAUCUGGAGGAAGAGGAAUGAUCAAGGAAAUAUGUGGCACUUGGCUCAGGUGGACAUGACCGUCACAAGAUCUUUCCAGAUCAUCUUUGAGGGGCGUAGGGGCUCCAAUGACGAAUCGGAUGUCGCCAUAGACGAUGUAACGCUAUAUCCUGGCCAAUGUUCAGAGAUGAGUGAAGUGACCACACACCUACCCGAACCGGAUGUGAAUGCCACGGUUCCUGCAGUUACAGAGCGUCCUGCAGUAAAUGUGACUGAUCCAACCAAUGUGACAGCGAGACCACCCGAAGCAAAUGCGACAUUACCUCUGCUCAUCAAAACAACUGAUUUGAUUAUAAACAAACAUGUUAUUGAAGCUGCACAAAACACACCAUCCAACUCAGUGUGUCAGCUGAACUGUAACUUUGAAGAAAAUCUCUGCCAAUGGAGUCAACUACUUGCUGAUGUGUUUGACUGGACAAGGCACAGAGGCCCAACUCCUACAGUUAUGACGGGGCCCUCUUCAGAUCACACCACAGGAUAUGGUCACUAUCUUUACGUUGAGGCAAACAGCGCAUCAUAUGGAGACACGGCUCGUCUGAUCAGUUCUGAAUGUUCUGCCACCGGUCCUCAUUGUCUGCAGUUUUGGUACCAUAUGUACGGCUCAGCCGAUACUAUGGGCCUCCAUGUGUAUUUGCUGCAAGACAACGCAGCUGAUGCCAUUCUGUGGAUGAGGAACAAUCAAGGAAAUGUGUGGCAUCUGGCCCAGGUUGACUUCACCACAGCCGGACCUUUUCAGAUCAUUUUCGAGGGACGACGAGGCUCCAAUGAUCAGUCAGAUGUGGCCGUAGAUGAUGUAUCACUUUAUCGCGGACGCUGUGCAGACCUGACUAAGCCGACCCUCCCUCCUUCCACAACUGAUUCGAUUACAGAAAUCAUCUCAAACGUUACAACUCUCUAGAAUUAAGGUUUUAGAAUGGCCUUCCCAAAGUCCUGACUUAAACCUGUGGACAAUGCUGAAGAAACAAGUCCAUGUAAGAAAACCAACACAUUUAGCUGAACUGCACCAAUUUUGUCAAGAGGAGUGGUCAAAAAUUCAACCAUAAGCUUGCCGGAAGCUUGUGGAUGGCUACCAAAAGCGCCUUAUUGCAGUGACACUUGCCAAGGGACAUGUGACCAAAUAUUAACAUUGCUGUAUGUAUACUUUUGACCCAGUAGAUUUGGUCACAUUUUCAGUAGACCCUUAAUAAAUUC